AUGAACAGGGGAGAUGGGGGUGACUUCGCAAUGGCAGACGCGGCUGCAGCCAUAUCAACAAUCCAGUCAAUGCAGAUUGCACUGCAAUUAUUACAGAGUAUUACACCUACUGCCUGGCGAUUCCCACCUCAGUGCUCGUUGCAAGAUGGCGAUUCUUUUGAUUUCAUCGUAGUGGGUGGUGGGUCAGCAGGUUCAGUUGUAGCCAGUAGACUUUCAGAAAAUAAAAAUGUUAAUGUACUGCUUAUUGAAGCAGGAGGAUACCCACCACUUGAGUCUGAGUACCCCGCCUGGUUUGGUUUGCUGUCACGUUCAGUUUACGAUUACAACAUAACAUCAAAAAACGAUGGGAAAACAGCUCAACAUUUUCAAAAUAAAGUCUUCCCCUUUAACCAGGGUAAGAUGCUUGGGGGCAGCGGCUCCAUUCAUCAUAUGAUGCAUACUAAGGGUGACCCUCAUGAUUACGAUGAGUGGGCAUUGUCGCUUUCCGACGCCUGGACCUUUGAAUAUUUUCAGGAAUAUUUAAAGAAAAUGGAAACUUUAAUAGAUACACAUCUCCUUGAACCAGAGGAUAUACCAUAUCAUGGUACAGAUGGACCUGUGAAAGUCGCUAAAGAUACACGCAAAGCUAAUGAGAAAUAUUUAAAGGCAUUUGAAGAACUUGGCCACAGGAUUGUGUCAGAUAUAAACGCGGUAAAUCCAGUAAUUGGGUACGCUGAAAAUUUCUUUGAGAUUGCUGAUGGAAUACGACAAAGCACGGCAUUAGGCUACUUAGGUCGGGCCAAAAAUCGUCCUAACUUAUGCCUUGCAUUGUUCACUUCUGCAACAAAUAUCCUUAUAGAACAGCAGAAAGCUGUAGGUGUACAAGUGGCCACAGACAGUGGUGAGACAUACAAAAUUUAUGCAGAUAAAGAAGUAAUUGUAUCAGCUGGUGCCAUCAACAGCCCUAAACUACUCAUGUUGUCUGGAAUCGGACCAAAAGAACACCUUGAAUCAUUCGAUAUUGAUGUUAUUGCUGACUUACCCGUUGGGGAAAAUAUGCUGGACCAAACUUGCGCUCCAGUAUUAUUUAAAACAGACAAGUGUGACACCACUACGCCGGCUGCUAAUCCACAUGAAUUCCCAACACCAACCUUCAAUGGUUACGUGUCAUUGGACAGUGAAAACCCAUACGCAGAUUAUAUUUCAAUCAACCUCGAGUUUCAAUGUAGUUCAACCGAUCUCUUACAAUUGAGUACCAAUUUAUUCGGGUACUCUUACGACUUAUCUCAAACCUUCUAUGAUGCUAGUAAAGACAGAAAGAUUCUUUUUAGCGUAAUUGGCAUAUUGAAGCAAAAAUCUCAUGGCCAAGUCCUUCUGGCAAGUAAAGAUCCCUCGGUGAACCCUCGCGUAUACACAGGAAUGUUCAGCAACGAAGAUGAUCUAGAUUUAUUAGCCAGAGCAUUCAUGGAUUUUGUUAAAGUUCUGGAUACCGAUUACUUUAGGAGUGUUAACGCUAGUAUUGUAGAUAUAGGUUUAUGUAAAGAAGAAAAAACUGAGUAUGAUUACUGGAAGUGCUAUGCGCUGGCAACUUCCUCACCUAUGUGGCACUUCGGAAGCACUUGUGCAAUGGGCAAAGUACUGGACCCUCAAAUGAAGGUUUUGGGAGUGGAUUCAUUACGUGUGGUGGACGCAUCUUCCAUGCCUAGUCUAAUUCGUGGCAAGAUACACACUGCAGUCGUAGCUGUAGCUGAGCGUGGAGUUGACUUUAUCCGCAACUACUGGCACCUUUAA